AAUAAAAUAAAAUAAAAGCUCCAACUACUAUCAUGUCAGCCCGAAGUUUCCACUCUAACAUCGUACAAUUUCGACACAGCACGCCAUAGCCCCCCCAUACCGUAACGAAGUAUUUGCCCAAUACAGAUACGAUGAAAAUCCAUACGCUCAAUAUACUACUCUCCGUAAUAGCCGACUCCAUAUAACUCCACCUGUCUUCUUCUUCAUUCCAUUGCAGAUUUGCACCACUUUCCUAGCAAACAACGCCUCCUUCUCUCUCUAUAUCUACACUCCCUAUUACACUCUCAUGCUCCCUUCUUACACCCGUUUCUUCAUCCUUAUUCGGAAACUUCCAUUGUUACACCACAACACAAAUCUUGAAGAAUCACAAAGUUUCCUUCAUAAAAUUCUACUGGGCCGGGGUGCAGUAUAUCUUGAAGACUUGAACCCUCCAUAUAAAUACAAAAACAAGUAUGGUUUUGUUAGGGAAGCGAAAUCCUCUCUUUCCUUUCUUUGCCAGCUUACGAGCUUAAUCGCCGGCUUUCCGGGUUAAUUUGGAAGUGCAAAAGUGCCAAAACCCGGGAAUAACUGGUUUGAUUGCAUCUGAGUCUCUGAGUUUUCUGGGAUUUUUGGGCUUUAAUUUCUUUGGGAUUUCCCCUAUACAAGAAACCAAUGCAAGGGAGAAGCAUUGGUGAUGACGGAGUUCUGGGUUUUCACUGUCAACUGCGAGUUUGGUUUUCCAGGUUACUAAGCAGGAAAUGAGUGUUUUAAAGUUAUGUUCUGUGAGUGUGUGAUUGGGACAGGAAGUUAAUGGAGAGUAGUUAUAGUCUAUUUAGUUAAUGGAUUAAGGAAUUUAGCAUAUUUUAAGGUAUGAUGUUGAAGCUGCUAGCAUCAGGGCUGUUUAUUUCGUGGUUCCUAGUUGUGCUAGCAGCUGCUGAUAAUGGCGUUGGGUGUAACUGUGAUGAUAUCGAGGGAGUUUGGAGCAUCGAGAGCAUUUUGGAGUGCCAAAAAGUUAGCGACUUUUUGAUUGCGGUGGCCUAUUUCUCCAUCCCGAUUGAGCUUCUUUACUUCAUUAGCUGCUCGAACAUCCCGCUUAAGUUGGUGGUGUUUGAGUUUAUUGCGUUCAUCGUUCUGUGUGGGAUGACUCAUCUGCUCAGUGGUUGGACUUACUAUGGGCAACAUCCGUUUCACCUUAUGCUUGCCCUCACGGUUUUCAAAGCUCUCACGGCCAUGGUCUCGUUUGCUACUGCUAUAACGCUUAUAACGCUCAUCCCCUUGCUGCUGAAGGUGAAGGUGAGGGAAAUAAUGCUGAAGAAGAAGGCCCGGGAUCUUGGUCGAGAAGUUGGGAUGAUAAAGAAGCAGAAAGAAGCAGGGUGGGAUGUCCGGAUGCUUACUCAAGAAAUUCGCAAGUCGCUCGAUCGCCACACGAUACUGUAUACGACGCUGAUUGAGCUAUCCAAGACGUUGGGUUUGUGUAAUUGCGCGAUUUGGAUGCCUAACGAGGGAAAAACGGGAAUGAAUCUGACUCAUGAGGUGAGGGGGAAGGACUUUUCGAGUUUAUACAACUACUCUAUUCCGAUUCUUGAUCCGGAUGUUCAAGAAAUCAAGAAGAGCGUCGAAGUGAAGCUACUCGACCCUGAAUCUCCACUUGCUGGUGCUAGUAGUGGAGGGAACUGCGAGCCCGGAGGCGUGGCUGCAAUAAGGGUGCCGAUGCUGAGGGUUGCUAACUUUAAAGGCGGGACUCCCGAGCUUGUGCCUGCGUGUUAUGCAAUUCUGGUGUUGGUGAUUCCCGCUGGGCAGGGGAGAUGUUGGGGCAACCAGGAAAUCGAAAUAGUAAAGGUUGUAGCUGAUCAGGUUGCGGUGGCGAUUUCCCAUGCUGCGGUGCUCGAAGAGUCUCAGCAUAUGCGGGAGAAAUUAGUCGAGCAAAACCGAGCUCUACAACAAGCACAGAAGGAUGCCCUGAGGGCCAAUCAGGCAAGAACCGGCUUUCAAAUGGUCGUGAGCAAUGGGAUGAGAAGACCUUUGCACUCGAUCUCGGGCUUGCUCUCAAUCUUGCAAGACGAGAAAUUAAACACUGACCAAAAACUCCUCGUAGAUGCGAUGGCGAAAACCAGCAACGUCCUCUCGAACUUAAUAAACGACGUGAUGGAUACUUCGACAAAGGACAACGGGAAGUUCCCGCUCGAGUUCAGGUCCUUUCAGCUACACUCUAUGGUAAAAGAAGCUGCCUGCCUUAUCAAGUGCCUUUGUGCUUUUAAGGGUAAUGAUUUUGCUGUCGAAGUUGACCGAUCCCUUCCCAAUCGUGUUAUGGGUGACGAAAGACGAGUUUUUCAGGUUAUUCUUCACGUGGUUGGGAAUCUCUUGAAGAUCAGCGGGGGAGGGUGCCUUAAAUUUCUCGUAGUACCUGAAAAAGCAAGCCAUGGAGGAAAUGAUUUCCGAUGGAAGACAUGGAGAUCAAACUCGUCUAGUGAAAAUGUUUAUAUCCGGCUUGAAAUCGGGAUAUGUAGUUAUAAGUCUAGGACGGAAGGUGCAACAAAAUCGAACGGUAGUAGGGAGGUCGAGGAUGGCUUAAGCUUUAGCCUGUGCCGAAAGCUAGUUAAGUUAAUGCAAGGAGAGAUAUGGAUGGUCCCAAAUUCGAAGGGGUUUGAUCGGAGCGUAGCAAUUCUUCUUCCAUUUCAACUCAAGCCAUCAAUCGUUUUAGACAUAUCCGAGUAUGGGGAGUUGGCCUCUAACCAUACAAAUCCGUAUUUUCUGUUCGAGGGGCUCGAAGUCUUGUUAGCCGACUACAAUGAUCUGAAUAGAGCAGUAACUUGCAGGCUGCUCGAGAAACUUGGAUGCAUCGUUUCCACAGUUUCGUCUGGAUAUGAUUGUCUCGGUGCACUGGGCCCUGGAGUAUCCUUGUUUCAGGUAGUCCUUUUGGAGCUUAAUUUACCGGAUUUGGAUGGCUUUGAAUUAACCAUGAGAAUCCGGAAGCUUCGAAGCCGUGGUAGCUUCCCACUUAUCAUUGCUCUAACAGCAAGCAGCGACGAAGAUGUGAUUGGGAGAUGCUUGCAAGUUGGAAUGAAUGGUGUUAUUCGUAAACCAGUUCUUUUGCAAGGAAUUGCGGGCGAGCUUCAACGAGUCCUAUUACUCACGAACAGAAUCAUAUCACCUCGAGAAUGAAUGAUUCACUGGAGUGGUCCAUUGCACGACCCGGAUCAAAUCGGUAUAGAAUAUGCACUUUUUUCUUUUUUUUUGCUCUCGUGUCAUAAUCUUCAAUCUUGAUAUUCAAUUAGCAGUUCAUUCUAUCCACCUUCAUACUUAUCACCCAACUCCUCCUGUCUAGCGAUCACUUUAAGUAUGUACAGUCGAUGAAUACAUAACAAGGAACAUCAUAGCACACUACCGAGAAACUGUAAAUUGCUCACUUGUUGAUGUUAGGAGCCAGUUUUGUUUAAUUUCCACCCAGCCUGAAUAUGCAUUGUGUUCUAUACAUGACUCUAUACUUGUGAUCUUCAGAUUAUAUAAUGUAUAUAUACUUACACCACUCUGUAACAGUGGAUUAUAUUUCUUGUGUUAUCA